AAUCCAAGCCUGGUGCCAAACUAUUCCACUCGAGCAAAUCUGCAGUGUGCGAAGCGGAAGUGCGGAACUGCGAAGACGAAGAGGAAGUAGCAGCGCUGCGACGAAGACAGUCACCAGUCGACCUGCAACCACAAGCCGCGCUGUCGCCCUCCGUCCUCGCGUACAGGGCCCUGCUUCGGCGUCUUCCUUCUCCGGUUGUCCGAGUCCGACCCUGCCCUGAGUGCUCUCUGCGGCUCUGCCUCCGGUUCCAGGCUUCCAUCCCACUCCAUUGUAACUUUCUGGAUCCGCCCCUGCAUUCGCCCCUGCCCUUCUCAGUUCUCACCUCCUGCCUCCUGGACUGGCUAAGUGACACAGGUAAAGGAAGAAACUUGAACUGUGGUGAUGGAGUUCUAGGAGAAGAUACAAGAUAGGUUACCAGUACGGACGGCCGUGGAAAAUUUAUACAUGAGAUAUUGGGAUUUAGAUAAGGUGAUCAUGAUGGACAGUGGCAAUACUGCAAUCCCUCUCUUUAUUGGUGCGGUGACGACUGUUUUGAUUAGGGUUGUUUUUGUCAUUUACCAAAGCAGCAAGCCACUUCAACCCAGACCAUCACGGCCCCUGAAGACACUCAUUGUGUUGGGUUCAGGUGGUCACACGGCAGAAAUGAUGAACUUAUUGUCUGCACUUCAAGAAGACAUGUUUAAGCCAAGGUUCUAUGUUGCUGCUGCAACUGAUAAUAUGAGUCUCCAAAAGGCCCGAGAUUUUGAAGACUCUUUACUUAACAAGGAAGGGACUGAGGUGGCUGGAACAGUGCAGUUCAUGAAAAUAUAUAGAAGCCGAGAGGUUGGCCAGUCAUACAUUACAUCUGUUGGUACAACAUUAAUCGCUGUAGCUCAUGGAUUGUGGUUAUUGAUCAAAAUCAGACCUGAAGUGAUUCUCUGUAAUGGACCUGGAACAUGUAUCCCACUUUGUGUAAUUGCAUUUUUCUUUAAGGUAUGUUUGCCUUUCUUAGAAAAUUGCAUCAACAGGUGCAAUUUGUUAGGGGCUUAGGUAUGAUGUGAAAUCAUUUUAUUAAAUAUAAGGGGAUGUUAAGCAAUGGAGUGGUUAGAGGUCAAAUAAUUUGGCUUUAAGAUUGUCAAGCAUUGAAUUAAUUAUGAUUGGCAAAGAUGUACACAUAAUGAACCAUCAACAACAGUAAUUAUGAUCUCAAAUAAAGAUCACAUGAAUAUGUAUGCCACUUGGUUCAGCCGUUCAGGCACAAAGCAAGUGAUCAUGGGAGUAAUAAACUAGUAAUAAAUGAUUAAGAAUCUAAACCGACUUAAGCCACUUGGUUUUGCAUAUCAAUCAAAAUAGAAGCUGAACUGACCAAGCCCAAACUGGCAAAACCAAACUGAUGAACGCCUCUAAUAUUUAAAACUUAACUAGGUUAUUUCUUAGUUCUUAUUUUUGGUUCUGUUAUGUAUAGGUGCUUGGAAUCAGGUGGUCAUCCGUAUUUUAUGUGGAAAGCAUCGCAAGAGUGAGAAGGUUAUCUUUGAGUGGUUUGCUACUUUACAAACUAUGUAUGGCAGAUCAAUUAUUUGUUCAAUGGCCAUACUUAAAAAGCAAAUAUCCCCGAGCUCAAUAUGUGGGCCGUCUUAUGUGAUUCUGGUUGCUAGUCGAUCUUCUUUACGUAGUACUUGCAAGUCAUUAUACAUUAAUAUUUGGUUAUCCAUAAAAGUCGAGGGGUUUAUCCAAAAGAAUCCUAACGACAUCCCAUAUUCACGGGUAAGAGAGAUUCCUAACAUGUUACUGUGCCAUGUAAAUAUGCUAUUGUGGGAUGGAGUGAUGGACU